AUGUGGAAAAACAACAACGCGCACGAUAAGAUAAGAUCCCACGUCAGCAUUUCCACUGCGAUCUCUGACGUCAACCAAACAAAGUCCAAUUCCUGGAAGUUGAAACGCAUCGUCAAUGCGUCCCCGGCAAGGAAACUGCACGGCUAUCGUCAGAACAACUCGCUCUAUCGUGCUUCACUCCUUCGGCAGAUCGUGGCAAGUCCGCGGAUCAAACAUCAAGAGUCCAACUUGGACCUAUGCUAUGUUACCGACUACAUCGUGGUCACGUCCGGCCCCAGCUCAGUAUGGCCGAAGAAAGCCUACCGAAACCCUUUGGAUCAACUGGUGGGAUUUUUGGACAAGAAACAUGGAGAGGACUGGGCUAUAUUCGAGUUCCGCGCAGAAGGCACCGGAUAUCCCGAUUCAGAGGUGUACAACAGAAUUCAUCACUUCCCUUGGCCUGACCACCACCCUCCGCCUUUUGCCAUCAUACCAAACGUUAUGGCUGCUAUGCGCAACUGGAUCCAGCGUCUAGACGAGAAUAUAGACCCCGAGCAGAAGGAGAAGAAGGACAAGAGAGUGGCCGUCAUCCACUGCAAGGCCGGGAAGGGCAGAAGUGGAACUGUGGUAUGCUCAUAUUUGAUCAGUGAGGAAGGUUGGAAGAAAGAAGAUGCACUUGUCCGCUUUACUGAGCGACGAAUGCGAGCGGGCUUCGGGCAGGGAGUGAGUAUUCCCAGCCAGCUCCGUUACGUCGGGUACGUUGAUCGCUGGGCGAAUCAGAUGGGCAAGAAAUAUGUCGAAAGACCGGUUGAAGUCGUCGAGAUCCAUGUCUACGGGCUCAGAGACGGGGUCAAAGUCGCAGUGGAGGGCUACGUGGAGAAUGGACGCCGCAUAAAGCAUUUCCACACAUUUAGCCGCCAGGAAAAAAUGGUGGUUGAAGGUGGUCACGACACCCCUGUCGCUCCGAGUGUACGACCGGAGCAGACCUCGAGUGCAAAGAAAGACGACGAAGUGCUGAGCACCCCUGUACAUGGGACUCCCCAGUCCUCCAGCUCGAAUCUGAACCACCCAUCUUCAGCGUCCACCCAAACGGUUAUCCUUAAACCCUUGUCGCCCAUUAUUCUGCCGACCAGUGAUAUCAACAUAGAUUUCGAGCGACGUAACAAGGCAGGUUAUGCAGGGUUCACAGUCGUUACGUCCAUCGCUCAUGUGUGGUUCAAUGCUUAUUUCGAAGGAGGCUACGAGGGCCAUGAUUCUGGCGUUUUCGAGAUCGAGUGGGAGGCCAUGGACGGUAUCAAGGGUAGCACCCGGAAAGGCACAAAAGCACUUGACCGUUUCAAGGUGGUGUGGAAGUACGCGAAAAGCGAGGGAGAUGUCGCACCUCAAGAGCAGGUCAUCCAAGAACCUGCAGAGGGCGAGCCCGUGCCGGAGAGCCAGCCGGCAGAUUGGCGAGGCGACGAGAGCGGGGGCCUAACUCCUACAGCAAGUGGUCAUUCGGGGGGAACUGCCCUUGCGGCGGGUGCAAUGAUCGAUCAAGGCGCAGAGUGCUUGAGCAGGAGACUGGGUCUCAGAAAAUCGGAUCCCGGUAGUGCGAAUCUCAGUCGCGCCUCGAGUCCAGUCGGAGAAGACAUUGUCCCUCCUCGUAAGAGCACCGAGCUACGUGAUGCUGAACGAUCCGAGGACGAGGACGAGGGUGUCAAAGUCAGCGGCCCUGCUGGUGAAGACCAAGUCUCAUAUGACGGAACCUCGGACAAUGAUCAAGGCGAACGAAGCAAGUCCUGCCCCGGACAUGCGAAAGAACUGGGGUUAGGCAAGAUUGCUCACAUUGUAUCAAAGAUGAAGCCAGGGGACAAGAACGACGCGCACGCAGGAGAGCAGUCUUGA